AGUACUUGUGUUUGUGCUAAAGACCCGUGUGUUUUUAUAGUUUGAAGGUGUUUUAAGUAUAAUUGGACGAUAUAAUUUUUACCUAUCAUGGAAGGUAUGACACAUGGUGCUCGUACUCGUGGACUGCGACGAGGUAGAGGUGUGCGGGUUCGACUGCCGGUGCCAGCAGUGGUGGAGGUCUCACGAGGUGGUGGUGUUACUGGUGGUAGUGGCGGUCGUGGUGGUCGGGGUAGUCCUGGUUGUCGGGGUGGUCGUGGUAGCCGCGCUAGACCCCAAGGCCCCAACAGGCUUAUUAUUCGCGACAUUACUGAGAUGCCGAUCGGUGAGGGUCUUGAAACUCCACUUCAUCCCAGGCGAAUGCGCGUGUGGCAACCGUCUAGACCUCAAACGGCUCCCACACCCGCACCGACCGCUUCAGCCCCGUGCACGCCAUCCGGCUCAUCAACGAUGGUGUCUCGUGAGAGCCAAUCUCCCGUUUUAGUGAUGCCGCCCUCGCCGGCAAUGUUUGUGGAAUGUAGCCUGUCAGGCCUAAGCACGCCAUCCGGCCCAUCUCCCGUUUUAGAGAUGCCGCCCUCGCCGGCAAUGUAAGUACCCAGAUUCCUUUUUUUCUUAUCUCUAAAAAGAUGGGUACCAACUACAAAACUUUUUAUUUCAGGAUUGUGGAAUGUGGCCAGUUACUGAGCACGCCAUCUCGGUCACCGAUGGUGCGUUCUUGUCCUCGCUUUCGUCAGAACUUAAAUGAUAACGA